UGAGAGGCAGGCAAGAAGAUGAAGCUAAUGGGUUGAGACAAAGCCACACGAUUCUCCCUAUCACAUCUCCUUCUUUCAAUUCAUUCAUUCAUUCGCUAUGGGAUAAUAAUACUCAUUUUUUGUGCAAAUAUUAAAAAUCAUAUUCCCAAGUAAUGCCCUGACUUUAUAUUAAAAAACAGCCAUUAUUGAAGAUGAGAGGUUGGUGAAUAGACAGUUUUGAUAGAUGAUGGCAACUCUACCUGUGUGUUCAGCUACUGCUUCCUUUUCUUCCCAUACGCAGAUUCCUCCUAUCUAUGACUAUGAGGGGUUGAGAUCCUUUUCCUCCUGUUGGAAGACAUACCAUAUGAAAUGCAAUGUCAUGGACCGGGUGUCUAAUUCAUUCCAUCUUCAUGGAGCUUCGUUCCGAGGACAAUCACCUAAUUCAAUGUUUGUACACAAUAGCACUCCAUCCAGUUCCAGCGAUAUCAUUUAUCAAAAUGAAUUCUUGACUAACCAUUUUAGUGACUCUCGCUCUCUGCAAUUUGUUGAUACUUCUGCUCUACCUAAGUUCUCACUGGAUCCUGCUAAUCUAGGGUCCGUAACUACAAGAGAAUUGGCUUCAUUGAACUUGGAUUCAAGUUCCUUAUCUGAUGUGAAAUCAUAUGCUAUGGAUGUUUUUGAGAACGGACAAAGUUAUUUGAACAAUUCACUUGAUGGAACUAGCUCAUCUGUUACAUCAGCUCUUAGACAAGCAGUUGAUGAAGUGAUUAGUAAAUUGACAUCACAAACAGGGGAGUCGGCGGUGACAGCCAUGAAAGAAGCCUCUGGUAGAGUUGGUGUUCUUGCUGUUGAUGCAUUGAGACAUAUAAUUCUCAUUGUUGAGGAUUCGGUAUCACGAUUUGUUGUGUAUGCUUAUGGGUCUGUAAUGGAGAUGCUUCCUCCAGAGAUCCAGGAUGUGCUAAAUGUUUCGCUUCUCACUCCAUUGCGACAGCAGGGUUAUGUUGCUCUGGAGGGGUUGGAGAGGAACCUUGGCAUGGAUCCAAGUGACCCAAUUAUUCCGUUUGUUCUUUUCCUUGGGGCAUCAACCUCUUUUUGGGCUUUUUAUUGGGUAUUGACCUAUGGUGGAUAUGCUGGAAAUUUAUCUCCCAAGUCAAGUUUUGAGCUUCUGAAAGGAGACAGGAAUGCUCUACUCAUUGAUAUCCGAUCUGAGGAUCUCAGAGAGAAUGAAGGCAUUCCUGAUCUUCGACGUGCUGCUCGGUCUCGUUAUGCCAAUAUAACACUACCUGAGGUUGAUGGAUCAUUAAAGAAGUUAUUCAAGAGUGGAAGAGAACUUGAUGACUACCUGCUAGCUGCUGUCAUUAGGAACUUGAAGAUUGUUCAAGACAGGUCUCAGGUUAUAGUUAUGGAUGCUAAUGGUAAUCGUUCCAAGGGCAUUGCAAGGUCACUCCGGAAACUUGGAAUAAAGAGGCCAUAUUUGGUCCAAGGUGGCUUUCAGUCUUGGGUGAAAGAGGGCCUCCGUAUCAAGGAGUUGAAACCUGAGACUGCAUUGACAAUCCUCAAUGAG